GCCUGUUUAUUACAUUCAAAACACUUGAAUCGAAAGGAACCCUACGCUGAACCCUCACCCUCACUCUCACUCUUAGCCGCCACAUAGCUUGAGGUGGUUCAAGCCAUGGCUCAGGGUGAGCUCUCCGCCGUAACACUCGGCUCCAAGGGUUCAUCCCUCUCUUCCUCCUCCGUCUACGCCGUCGCCACCGGCCGCUCUCAAGUGCGGAUCGAUUCAUCUCUUCUCGACAGACUCUCCUCAACUACCUCCAUCAAGCACACCUUCUCCAUCCCCGAUUUCCUAACCCUAGAACAGUCCAGAGCCUUCCUUCUCGUCCUUCUCAACAAGCUCCUCCACUGCUCCAACUCCCCCGGCCCCGUCAUUCCCCUCCGCAUCUCCGAAUCCCUCAAUUCGAACCCUGAAAGCUUCCAAUUCGAGGAACUCGACGCCACCGAGGAUGAGCUCCACGCGAUUACCACCAGCACCGCGUGCUCCGCAUUGCUGGCGGUUUCAGCCAUUAUCGACCACCAGGCCGCGCCGCUUUCAACGCUUGCCGAUGUUGCGGCUGCGUUCUCCUGCGAGGCGUUGAAGGCUGAUGUAACCGCCUUCAAUUUGAUGGAUUCCGGUGACGGUCACACCUCCAAGGAGGAAGUUGGGGUCGCAGGUGAUGUGAGGGUUCUGCUUAACGGGUCCAAGUUUGUCGGGAAGGAUAAGCUUACAUCCAUUGCGAGGGUUCCGGAGGUUCAUGGGUCUGUUAGGGUGCAGGCGAAACUGGUGCAUUCUCAGAUCAGGGUUAAGUUGAAUUCGGGGAAGAGUGAGCUUGGGAGUGGGGAAGCUGUUUCCACGAUGCUGUUCGGGUUGGUGAAGGCGCUCUGUGAUCUGGGAGAUUGUAGCUUUGCUCGUGCGCAAAGUAACUUAGGGUGCAUAGGUAGUGAUGGUUUGAAGUCGGGUCUUGCGGAAAUAUUUGGAAAUGAAUGCCCAACUGAUGUUGAUUUGAACAAUGGUUUCAAUGCGGCUUUAAUCUUGGUCGCUCGAAAGCAGUAUGGUCAGUUUGCAUGUGAAGUCAAUAAGCUCUUGGGGCUUGUGUGGAAGAUUCUGGCAUGGGAAGCUUUGACUGCAUUUGCUGUACUCGAGGCUGCUGAGCUGAGUGAAAGGAUCCAAGGUGUUCAGGAAAAUGGAGAGCCUUCAAAAGUCGAUAAGAAGAAGAAGAAGGCUGUUUUAGGGAAAGGAACUAGUUCAAUUUUGACAUUGAUCAAGGAGAGGUUGUUGAGUGAAGAGCAGAAGGCUGUCCAGAGUUCACGGUCAUUGAAGACAUGGGUGGCAGAUUUUAUAUCGAUUUUGGAUUUGUCAAAACCUGAAUUUGAUGAUUUUCUAUUGAAAGUAAAGGAUAUUGUGGAAAGCAAUGAAAGCAGAAGAUUGCCCAAGAUUCCUAAGGGCACUCGUGAUUUUGCAAAAGAACAAAUGACAAUUAGAAAGAAAGCAUUUUCAAUAAUAGAACAAGUUUUUGAGAGGCAUGGUGCCACAGCCUUGGAUACUCCUGUUUUUGAAUUGCGAGAUACUCUCAUGGGAAAAUAUGGAGAAGAUUCGAAGUUGAUUUAUGAUCUUGCUGACCAGGGUGGGGAGCUCUGUUCUCUGAGGUAUGACUUGACGGUUCCAUUUGCUAGGUUUGUGGCGAUGAAUGGUCUGACAUCGUUAAAAAGGUACCAAAUAGCUAAGGUCUACAGAAGGGACAAUCCAUCUAAGGGAAGAUACCGUGAAUUUUAUCAAUGUGACUUUGAUAUUGCUGGUCCAUCUGAAAAAAUGGCUCCAGACUUUGAGGUUGUUAGAAUUUUGACUGAACUGCUUGAUGAGCUGAACAUUGGGGAAUAUGAGAUAAAGUUGAAUCAUAGAAAGCUAUUGGAUGGCAUGAUGCAAAUAUGUGGAGUACCUCCGGAAAAGUUUAGGACUAUAUGUUCAAGCAUUGAUAAGUUAGACAAACAGUCUUUUGAACAGAUAAGAAAAGAAAUGGUGGAAGAGAAAGGAUUAACUGCUGAGACAGCUGACAGAAUUGGAACUUUUAUUAUAGAAAAAGGACCUCCUUUAGCAUUAUUAUCUAAAUUCAAACAAGAAGGCAGUGCUUUCUUGGAAAAUGUUGGAUCUGUUGAUGCAUUGAAUGACCUGGAAAUUUUAUUUAGAGCUCUGGAUAAAUCAAAACGCAUUGAUAAAGUGGUUUUUGACUUGAGUCUUGCCAGAGGUCUUGAUUAUUAUACCGGAGUUAUAUUUGAAGCUGUUUUUAAAGGGGGUGCUCAGGUUGGUUCAAUUGCUGCUGGUGGCAGAUAUGAUAAUCUGAUAGGGAUGUUUGGUUCAAAGCAAGUUCCAGCAGUUGGUGUAAGUCUGGGAAUUGAGAGAGUAUUUGCAAUAAUGGAGCAGAAUCAGAAGGAUCAGAACCAGCUGGCUCGGCCAACCAAGACAGAGGUGCUAGUGAGCAUAUUGGGGAAUGACCUAACACUAGCUGCAGAGCUAACUGGUGAACUGUGGGAUGCUGGGGUGGAUGCUGAAUUUUUGGUGAAUAAAAGAAGACAGAAGCACUUUGACUAUGCAAAAGAAUCAAGGAUCCCUUGGAUGGUACUUGUUGGUGAAAAGGAAAUAAAAGAAGGCAUUGUGCUAUUGAAAAACCUUGAGGCCAAUAAUGAUGUAAGCAUUCCUAGAGGAAGUUUUGUGGAGGAAGUUCGGAAACAGUUGAACCCAUAAGGUCCAGUACUUACAUCAAAAUUGGCCGAAUAUAGGUUUUGCUGACAUUUGAUUUUCAUUUUUAUUUACCAAAUUUAGUUGAGGAAAUGACAUAUAGUAUCAAGAUAUUUUGUAAUGCAAUAGGUUAUUCCGAACUUUGGCUUCUGAUCUAAGCUGGAAAAGAACUGUCCCUUUUAUGUUUUCAUAUGUGAAACUUUUGGGGCUUGUUUCUUUCAUGUUCUUUUUAAAAAUUCUUUCAAGAUGCUUUUGGUUGUGUAGAACGAAGAAAAAUUUGGGUGAAUUGUGAAUUUGUGAUGUUUUUAGAUUUUCA